UGAAAUUCUAUCAUCACUAGCGCUUAUCAGUUCAGGUGCUUUAUCUUAAUUCAGAAAUGAAAGAAAGUACACAAGCAGUUUAUUAGUUGCAGAAUUUAUUGUCAGUUUAUGUAAAUCUCUUCAUAAGUAAAGAUGUUACGUUUACGACAAUUCUCGUAUGUUUACCAUAGAAAUAUUCUUAGAUCUAUGGCAACGGCGCCCGGUAAUAAUGACGAUUCCACUUUGCCUCCAAAUGAAACACAUCCAAUUAAACGCACUUUGAAGCUAUUUCAAAAGGAUGGUAGAACAAUAAAAAAGUUUUUUAAAACAUCUUUUACAAAAGCGACUUCUAACAAUGAAAGUCAACCAAUGCAACAUAUUAACUUAAAGAAAAAUGAGCACAAGGAAUACACAGGAGACUUUCAAUCACAUUGUGACAUUCUUGUGAUCGGAGGUGGUGCUGUGGGAUCAUCGAUAGCUUACUGGCUAAAAAGUAAAGCGCGUGAUGGUCUUAAUGUUGUUGUAGUUGAGCGGGAUCCUACGUAUAAGCAAGCUUCGACGGUUCUUUCAGUAGGUGGACUACGACAACAAUUUUCACUUCCAGAAAAUAUAGAAAUGUCGUUGUUUGGUGCUGAUUUUAUUCGAAAUGCCAAAGAUUAUCUAGGCGAUGUGGAUCUCAGUUUUAUGCCUUAUGGUUACUUAACGCUAGCAACUGAAAAGUCUGCCGAAACUCUGAAAAGAAACUCCAUGAUGCAAAAUGGCCUCGGCGCUCGUAAUGAAAUACUUACAGCAUCUCAAUUAAAAUCAAAAUUUCCUUGGCUUAAUACAGAUGACAUAGUGCUUGGUUGCCAUGGUCUUGAAAAAGAAGGUUGGUUUGAUCCCUGGGCGCUUCUGAUGGGUUUGAAAAAUAAAGCAAAAAUAAAUGGUGCUCAUUAUAUAGAUGGCGAAGUAGUGAAUUUUGAAUUUAAUAAAGACUCUGACGUUGUUAUACGGGGAAAUGAACAUUCAUCGGAAAGUUAUGUGGGCCUUGACCGCGCAGUCGUAAAAUUAAGCAAUGGUGAAACGCGUUCCAUAAAAUUUGCUAUAUGUAUUUUGGCUGGAGGAGCAAAUUCAGGACAAAUUGCCCGCUUAGCUAGAAUAGGAACUGGUCCAGGUUUGCUGGGAGUUCCAUUACCUGUCGAACCUAGAAAGCGGUACGUAUAUGUUAUUAAUACUCAAGGUGAAAAUGCUCCAGGCCUGUGUACACCGUUAACUAUUGAUCCCAACGGCACCUACUUCCGACGCGAUGGACUUUGUGGCAAUUACAUAUGUGGACGUAGUCCCAGUGAAAGUGCCGAACCUGCAACUGACAACUUAGAUGUUGAUCACGAAUAUUUUGAAACAGACGUUUGGCCAACUCUAUCAAAUCGCGUUAAAGCAUUUGAAUCGCUAAAAGUUUGUGGUAGUUGGGCAGGAUUUUAUGAAUACAAUUUAUUCGAUGAAAACGGCAUAAUUGGUCCACAUCCAUAUUAUAUCAAUAUGUAUAUAGCAACAGGCUUUAGCGGACAUGGUAUACAACAAGCUCCAGCAGUGGGGCGUGCCAUAUCGGAAUUAAUUAUAGAUGGACAAUACCGUACCAUAGAUUUAACUAGGUUAGGUUUCGAUAGAAUACUUGUAGAUCAACCAAUGCUUGAGACGAACAUAUUUUAGCGGUCUAUUGCAGCUUCAGUUGUUACAUUUUGCAUGUUAGAUACUAACUUUUAUUUGUAGACUAAAUUAAUUAGAUCAAAAAAAAAUAUUAAAUUGUUUUCUCUAAUUGUUGAAAUUUAGUAUUAAUGGAUAUUUUGUACAUGUACAUAUAUAAAGUAAAAUCUUUCUGAGAUUAGCUUUGUUUAUAAAACAAACAUUUUGUGGUUUAUUCAAUUUGAACAGAUUUGUCUCAGACUGAAAAUAAAAUAAUAC